UCCAAUAAAAUGAGAAAUGUCAUCCAGUUUGGUAUUUUUUAAAUUUAUUUAUGAGUUAAAGUAACUAUAAUUAUUUACUUACAAAAUGGCAUUGAAAUUGUUGAAUAAAAUACAGAUAAGCAAGAAUUUAAAGCAAUAUAUUUGCUCCAAGGCACUAAAUAGAGCAACCACUGCAGGGAUAAUAGUUAUAGGAGAUGAAAUAUUGAAAGGAGAAGUGGCAGAUACGAAUUCAACGUUUUUAGCUGCAGAAUUUCAUCAAUUAGGUGUACAGUUGAAGAAGUUGAUACAGAUUUCGGUUGUAGGUGACAUUGUAAACGAAGUCGCAGAAGAGGUACAGCAUUUUUCCAAAUCGUACGACUAUGUUAUAACAUCAGGAGGAAUUGGUCCUACGCAUGAUGAUAUAACGUAUGAAGCUGUUGCUGUGGCAUUUGAAGAAAAGCUUGUUUUACAUCCUGAAUUAAAAGACAUUUGUGCGAAGUUUUAUAACACUUCCAAUGUAAAUUGCCCUGGAAUGAAGCUGGCUUAUGUACCGGAGUCUGCCAGAUUAAAUUUCAUUGGUGUUAAGGGGCAGAAAAUGAUCUAUCCCAACGUAUCCGUUAACAAUGUUUACAUGUUCCCCGGGAUUCCAGAACUUCUGAUAAAGUCCUUCAAUAACCUGAAGGAAAUACUAUUCAAAUCGAAUAAAAAAUUUUAUUCCAAAAUGGUGUACUUCAAUAUAACCGAAGACAAAAUAGCCGAGGUGCUGCAGGUACUCGUUGAAGAGUAUCCCGAGGUUCAAUUUGGGUCGUACCCAAAGUUACUUCACAGUGUAUAUAAAGUGAAAGUGACAAUAGAAUCGUGUAAAGAAGAGUCGACGAUACAGGCGUAUAAAAAAUUAUUAACGUUAAUUCCAAAGAGGUACAUUGUAGAUGAUGGAGAUAUAUAGUUUUUUAUUUAUUUAUACUAGCAAUUGUUUUAUUUAAGGACUGAAAUAAAUGAUAUUCUAGUGUAAUUAGUUCUCUGACAAUUGUAAAUUAUUUAAUAACGCUUCUAAAAAUUACAUUUUUAUUAGUGUGAGUUUGAUGCAACUCAGUAAAUUUUAAACUUAGCACUUCUAAUAGGUAUAUAAGGGCUUCAAAAUACUAUUUAUUGUAUUAUAAUCCUCAAUAUACAGAGUGUUCAGU